UCGAGUGAGACAAAACAGAUUGGAUUUUCAAGCGUAUGAUCGUACUCACGAUGAUCUUUUAUUGUUGAAAGUAUUUGGGAAUCAAGCGAGCAGAACGAAGUUGAGUUAUUUGACAUUUCUAUAUAAGAAUUUUGUCUAUAUAGUGAAGUGUCGCCUUGAUGUUUCUUAUUAUCAAACGCAUCAAACAUUUUCGAGCCAAUUAACCAACAAGUUUACGUAAAGUGGCCUUUGGGAGAAAGCAAUUAUAACGUGUGCUUAUCAUACCGUUAGACAAUAGAUUCCACGCAUAUAUGCGACAGUAAAUUCACACGAGAAACGUGUAACUCAACUUUGAUGAAUAUUCUUACAACCGCUAAACAAGGUUGGAAUUCUUGUAAUUAUAUUGACCCGAUCGUUGCGUUCGAGGCUAAAAAAUUGUCGUCAAAAUCCCCCAAAAUAACGAAACUUCAAUAUUUUUUCGACGUUUUCUGGUCCCGAAUUUGUCAUGACAAAGCCUCUGUUGGUAGCCUUUGAUUUUGAUCACACAGUUGUUAAUGGCAACACGGAUACUGUAAUAAGGAAUUUACUCAAAGAUGAGGAAGCCCUAACUAAUUUGGAAAAAACCUACCACAAUGAAUGUUGGACAGUUUAUAUGAGACAAAUAUUUGAAUGUCUUCAUAAAUCAGGUGUAACAAAAAAAGAUAUUGAGAAUGCUAUAAGUACAAUACAGCCGGUGGAUGGUUUUCCAUCGUUAAUGGAGAAAUUACACUCUCAAAAUGUUGAGAUUAUUAUAAUAAGUGAUUCAAACACAUUCUUUAUAAAACAUUGGCUGGAACAUCAAAAACUUAAUCAAACAGUCAAAGAGGUAUUCUCAAAUCCUGCUUCGUUUGACGAUACAGGCUUGCUCAUGAUUGACAUGUACCACAUGCAAGAUUGGUGUAAAUUGAGUGAAAUAAAUAUGUGCAAGGGCCAUAUUCUGGAGGAUUACAUAAAGAGAAGAUCAGAGGAAGGAAUUGAAUUUCAGAAAAUUGCCUACGUCGGUGAUGGAAGAAAUGAUCUUUGUCCGAUUCUACGUUUAUCCGCUGAAGAUUUAGCUUUUACAAGAAACAAUUAUUCACUCGCAAAAAUACUGAAGGAGAUUGAGGGUAAUGUUGACAGGACACCGAAAGCAGAAAUUAUAGAGUGGAAAGAUGGAACAGAAAUAUGGGAAGGACUCGUCAGAAGGAUGCCGAAUUUAGAUUGUAAAAAUAAUUUGAAGUCAUCGUAGUAUGUCCUUUAUUUUUUUAUUCCAAGUUAUCUGCAGUACAAUGUACUUAUCUUUGACAAUUUUCUGAAUAGUUAGUUAUUCAAAAAUCUGGUGUUGAUCAGCUCGUAAAAAAUAACUAAUUUAUACAAAAUCUUCGUUUCACUACUUUGAUGUAACGAGAUUAUUUGAGCAGCAAAAAACUCAUAUCUCGUAUUUUGCACAAAUAUAAUUUACAAAAUUGAAGAAUCAGUCGUCAAGACUAUAACUUCGAAGCCUUUUCCAUAGACGAAAACCAGUCUUUCAUCAAACCUGUAAUAAUAUAAAUAUCCUCAUUUAAAUGAGCUGAAGCUUCAAAUAAAUAAUCACAACAUUUUUUCAUAAGUUUUGUGGCCAAAUUGAAAAUUUCCGAAAUUCUGUUUUAAUCCAGAUGUUUUUUAAGAAAAUAAAAAAAUUCUUACCCACUGUU